AUGCCUACAGCAUUUGCCAGAUUCUGGCAAACAGAUCUUACUCGAGAAGCAUUCCUCGACCAUGUGACGCAGGAUGACAUGUGCAAUUUGCGUCUGGUGUCGCGUGAGGUCGCCGAAGAGGUCGCUGUCAAACUCUUUAAAUCAGUCAAGGUCACGUUCGAUGUGGGCACGUUCGCACACCGAGCUCGUAUGAUAGCACUCGACAGAAUUGGUCACUACAUCAAGCAUUUUCAUUUCAAUCUACCACAUUCGGAAGCAACAUUUUUACCACCACUGAUUGAUCCAGAAAGCCUCGAAGAGGUCAGUUUUCAGUAUGAGCCACAGCAUGUCCAUACUUCGAGACCUUCUUCAUCAACCUCAUUAGAUCCAGAGGCUUCGUGCAAAUAUGGGUCGUGGGAGUUGAAUGAUCUUCUUGUACGGCAAUAUCCACCACUUUUUCAUGCAGCCACGAACAUUACGACUUUUAUUAGAGUGUUCAAUGCAAUGCCGUUCUUACGACAUUUAACGAUUUCAUGUCCUGAGCAGCCAGCCAACCAACGAUACCGGCGUAAUGCGAUCGAUUAUGCACUCAUUUCAUUACGAUUGGCAGUUGAGGCAGUCAAUCCACCAUUCCUGGAUACCUUGUCUCUGCAGCCCAUGUAUCCUUCAGGCAUCUUCUACCUCCGCCCACAUCAGGGCAUUGGUACUUCACCAGGUUCAACUCGUGUCUGGCACCGCAUCAAGCAUCUCGACAUUUCGAUGCAGAACUUUGCUGAAACCGAAGAAGAACAUGACACAACGAGCGACCAUCUCAAGAUCCUGCAUACAUAUCUUCAGACCUUGCGCAGCGUUGAAACCCUGUCCUUCGCCUGGCUCAAUGAAACAGGUCCAUGUCCACUCUCGCUCGACGCAGAACCAUGCCUGUCGCGUCCCUCGUCACUAGACAGCAUCACAUCCGCCCUUCCCGCCUGCCGUCCUAUCAAGUUCCGUAAACUAAGGUCGAUCAAGCUGGAGAACGCACUCCUCGAUGCCAGCCAAGCAAGCCGACUAAUCACCCUCCACCGCAAAUACAUCCGCGAUAUCGACUUCUCAUCCUGCACACUCCGCUCCGGAACCUGGGAUGACGCACUGGCACCACUAGAGGCCAUGGCCAGUAAUUCAGAUUGGCGCUCGGAAACUUCUUCGCCCUGUUACUCCGCCACCGCCUCCACCUACACUACAUCGUCUGCAUCUUCUUCAAGUGGAUUCAGCGAAGUCAUGGACGUUCCUAUCUUCUACACUCCCAUGGAGGAGAUGCCCAACCCAUUCGAAUGUGUGCAGGAAUUGAUGUGGGACGAGACGGACCGAGACGUGAUGAGAGCUGUGAAUAAAGUCGCGACCGACGUUUUCAGAUUACGACAAGCUGCUCUACCCCGGAAGAAGAGGGAUGUUGUGGUCUGUGGGAUCAGGAGCUUGUUGAGGAGUGUUGGGAUGAACUUUCAUUGA